CUUGAAAAUUACUGCAAUUUUCCGCAAUGACUCUCCCAAGCCAAUUGCCGCAAUUGCCUGAAUCCCCGUGGUGGCUUCCCUGGUGCUCACUAAUGGUGAUGCUGGAGGCUGCCGUUUUGAUUGUUUGGGCCCUCGUCUACAUCACUCGAAGGAUGACGAAGUCGGUGCCUGCUGACAGUUUAGAGCUCUCAGCGACAAAGGAAAAUCAGGAUGAGUCACCUCACCUGGUCCUGACGAAUGCUUCACCCUGUGGACCACCUGCCUCAUCCCGUUCAGACAAUGUGGAGCCUGUUAGUUUUGACAGCGGCAUUUGUCACGGAUCUUGGCUGUGUGUUCACAAGCCAACUUAUGAACCUGACCGCAUGGCAAGCGGCAAGUACCCUCUAGCAGAGCACUUGCACGAGAGGAAGCGCUUGUGGGAGUGGCGCUUGCAGCUGCGAUUUCGUGACAGUGUCAGCGCAGACAGUGUGUACUUCGGAUGCGAGCAAGACCGCUACUACCAUGUAGGAACAGUUGAACGCUACAUCUCGAGCUCCGUGAUAUCUCUUUUAAGGCAUGCCUCUGCAGACAACAUGUAUCAGACUCAUGGAGAGGAUCCUGCGUCUGUCCACGGUGAGGCUGAACGCCCAACGAUCGCCUUUCCACUGUGGGUCAUGGAUCAGUUGAUAAUCACCGAAGAGGGUGAGGAAGCGCCAAAGCUAAAUGAUCCAGACUUUUCAACCUACGGAAUAAUCCGUGCGCAGAACAGAAAGGGCAUGCAGGAGGCCUUGAAUGGCCUCGAGUUCAAGCCAGGGCGCACAUUCACAUUCGGCUUUUGGUGUAUUGCACAAUUUGUGGAUGCCAUUGGUUGGAGAGUGCCAGCGAGGGGCGUAAUUCCUGAAGUCAAGCUCAAUGAAAUUGGUACUCACCCGCCAAUCUACGUGACAAUGUAUUUACUCCGUCCACAGGAUCAAUGGACAGAUGUGCAGGGGCGUCGUGACACUCGACACUUGGACUCCAGGAAGAUUUACAUUUGGCGUGUCUCACUUUGGAGCUCUGCUCUGCCACCACCGUUGGAGCGCCAAAAGGAGCUCCAAGGCGCUGCUUUUCAUCGGCGACGUAUGCUGUCUGCAGAUGGUGAAGCAAAGUCAAAUCCUUUGUGCGCCUUCCCUUCCUUUCCAUGUCCUUGGUGAGGUGGUUUGAAGCGUGCCAACAUGACAGUGACAGGCACAAUUCGUUUUGCAACGCCAACGCGGUUGUUCAGAGCCGAAGUGCUCAAUGUUUCCCUGGACCCAGACAGUGACAUUGGCUCCUGCAUAUUUUCAGCUAGGGUCC